GAAGCCGUUCGCGCUCUCUUGCAACGACUGGUUGAACCCGCUGCCAAAACAACUGACAUAUCAAGUUUAUAUACCUCCUCUAUACCUCCUCACAUCGAUAGCUGCAAGCCCCACCAACUAAACGCUCGACAACAGAAACUAGCACUUCUGUGCCCAAGCACAGGUUCCGAAUAUAUUUUUCAACUCUCCCUUCUUAGAUUCCAAAGAAUGCAGCAAUAUCAAAUGGACCACGCCUACCCCAUGCCCGGCUCCCAGAGCCCGAAGAGCAUUAGUUCCGCAUCGCUGGGCAGCGGAAGCCCAUACCAACGCUUUCUUUCGCCGUCGCCGUCGCCAACGCGGUCGACCAGACGACGUAGCCGCACCACUUCAGUCCUACCUGCAGACUACGCCUAUGCCGAUAUACUCUUUGACGCUUCCCAGCACAACCGCGGAAGACGUUCUCGGCGCUCUGGACUGAAUGCCCGGCGGUCUCAGCUCGUCAAACCAGACGUGAUCGAUCGCAUGGACACAGCGGCCCAGUUCUCUUACCAUCACGAAGGACCGUACGACGCCGUCUACCCAGAGCGCAACAGAAUCAGUAUCCACUCGCCACUGGAUGCUCUCAGGGAGUCUAACGAAGAGGCCCUUAAGGCAACUCCGCGCCACAUGAUCGCCGACGCCAUCGGCCGGCGCCGGCCUCUCGAUGGGGUGGCCUUCUAUCCUCCUGGCUAUACCGACCCAGAGGGCCAGACGUACGAUUAUGAAGAAGGUCCGAAUUUAAUGGCUGACUGUUGCUUGUUCCCCCGCCAGAGAUUCACAGACGAGGACUUCAGGAAUGAUCCUUUUACGAACACGCCGGUAAAACCCUUUGCUCCACUUCGCAACGUCUUCCGACGGACCCCGAGGAAGCACAGGAACACGGCGUAGACGGCGUUUAAGAGCACCUCGAGGUGUUGUCUGUCGUCCAUUCUCAUUAUUUUUCUUGUUUGAUGGUUCCAUAUACCCGGUAAUCGUUUGUAUGGAGUUAGCGGGGUUGGCUUGGACCAUGUGUCCCGUCUUGAUUUUUUCUAGAUCGAGGCGCUUUAUGGUUCUGGAGUAUACUUCCUGUUCGGUUGACCCGUGGGAAGCUUUGCUGUCAGCAAAAUCAGCCCAUUCAAUUUGUACUCUUAUGUUCGGGCUCUGAUUGGGCACCUAAAAUCU